AUGUCUGCUAGCAGCGGCAACCCGAGCAAUGGCGAGGACACUGAGAUAUUGAGACGAAUUCAUCAAGCUCUGGAUGUCGUGCACAGCGCUUCUUCAGGCAAUGAAGCCCGCCGGCAAGCUCAGUCGUUUCUCGAAGAAGUCAAAGACAUACCUGAAGCACCCUUUCAAGGAUAUCAAUUAGCUGCUGAUAAGACUCAGCCACCAGUCGUUCGACACUACGCCCUCUCGCUUCUCGAACAUGCCAUACGUUACCGAUGGUCUACCUACAACCAGGAGCAAGCUACAGCUUUGCGACAUUGGAUACUGGAGUUGAGCCAGUCCGUCUCCAAAGAAGAUGCGUCUUACCUCAGGAAAAAGACGGCACAGUUGUGGGUUGAAAUCGCAAAGCGGUGCUGGGGGAGCGAAUGGAUGGACAUGGAUUCUUUACUUGUCCAACUCUGGCAGAUCCAGGACUCGGCCGUUCAUAAGGAACUAGUACUGUUUAUUCUUGAGACCUUGUCCGAUGAAGUCUUCACUGGGGAUGACUCAGUCGUGACUAUGAGGGAAGGUGUUCUUAGUAAGGCAUGCGUCGAGAUAUUCACACCAACGUCAGUGCUGGUUGAGGCUUUUCCGAGUCGUCAGCCCGGCCCGGAUGUGCGCCAUGGACCCGAAGGAUGGCUUGAGCGUAUUUCUCAAUUCCUCAACUAUUGCGUCAGUUCCGAAGCCAAGGAUACCGCUGAUGCCAAAAGCUGUGCAGUCAAGGCCCUCUCCGUCUUUGUGUCCCUUAUGCCAUGGGCUAUCCCCAAGGCCAUAGCAGCUGCACAAUGUGUGAACGUCAUGACUGCUGGUUUGGCAUCCUCACACACUGAUGUUCAAAAGGCCUCUUUAGAAGCGCUUAAUGCUCUAUACUAUCGGUCCAACUUCUCCGAUAAUGAAUUCCGCGACCUUGUAGCACCAAUGUACAGUCCCAGCUCAGUUGAUCUUUGCAAGGGUUUGUAUAGCUGGGCCACUGUGGACCCCGAGGAUAUUGAUGAAGAUAAAUAUCAGAUUCUUAAGAAGCUGUCAGAGAUGCUGUCCUAUCUUGGGGACUACUUUGAACGCAAGUUUGCACAGGUACCUCCAGAAGCCGCCAGCUCUGGAUUUUUUGGACUCUUGAUUCAAGUAACGCAGAGUCCGAGUUUGAUGGUCUCGAUACCAAUACUGGUAACAUGGACCAGAAUCCUUGGUCAUAGAAAUCUUGGCCCCAGCAACCUAGUGUCUGAAAACGUCGGUCCCCUACUGGACGUUUGCACUUCCAGAUUGGUGCGCUAUGAAAAUCUCCCAGAAAACUCUACCGAUCCUACAUACCUUUUCCUACUAGAUGACACGGAUACUAUCCCUGAGCGACACGCGUUCUUGGGAAACUAUCGUCGGUAUAGCUCCCAGAUUAUCGAGCAAAUUGUUCAAUUGAAACUUGUCGACGCAGUGUCCUACAUAUUAGGCCGUACCGAGCAUAUUCUGCAGAACCUCUACGAUGGACAGCCUCCGUUUAGCAAACAAACAUAUACCAAGCAUUCAACGCCCGCCUUGCAAGUCGAUUCUCUUUUUACUGUCAUUGAGGCUACGUUGAAAGGUUAUGUGAAAUGGAGGAGAUACCAUGGGCGAGACCACGACCCAAUAAUUCGCAAGCGGGCGUUGCAACUUCUUGUUUUCUUCUCAACUACUGCGCUCAACAAAAACGCCGGAUUCAUGUUGAAGGUUCUCGAGCAUAUUCUCCUUACAUGGCCCGCACUCGAACCUGAAUAUCGUGCAUAUAAUGAUGCCAUCAAGGACCUGCAAAGUGAGAGUAUGAUUGAGCUGCAGCGUCUUGCGGCUGAGAUGCCUGAUCAUCUUUUGAUGAAAAUUCAAAAGCUGGCUGAAUUCGUUGAUCCUGUCAAAGCUCAGUGGCAGAGUGAACCGAUUCGAACAUCGCUGAAAUCUUAUGCAGACUUCUGCCACUACCUCGGCCUUGACAAGGCCCAGAAAUAUCUGGCGAGCAGGCGCGCACAUGAACUUGAGGAUUGGGGUUCUUGCGAACUGGAUUCAGAGGGUUUAUUGCUACAAAAUGAACUUGAAGAGCGGUUAAAGACUCUUCCUCUACGGCCUACCAAAUCAUUCCUUGCCUUUUCCGUAGAACGCUUGGAUAAGUCCUCUCCAGCUUUUCAGGCGUCGUACGCUCUUUGGCAACAGGGUUUCUCCAACAUUCUUGCUGAUUUACUUGAAUAUUUGAAAUUUGCACAUGCCACGCACAAUCCUGAUAGUUGGGUAGAGUUGCCUACAGAAAUGCGAGGCAUGGUAGAGCGCGUUCUCAGCGACAGAUUUUGGCAAGCCGGAAUAUCUGAAGGCAGCAAAGAUGACUUUUACGCGAGGGUUAUGGACAAGAAAAAUACAAUCGAAGGCCUUGCCUCGACUAUCCGGGGCUCGGUACGUUUUGUCAGGGAAACGGCGUACGCUAUAAUCUAUUGUAUGAGCAGACUCGACCUGCAGUUUUACGGCUUCAGCGGCCUCUCUGGCCCUCUAUCAGAAGCCUUGUUUUCAGAUUCCAUAUGGCUAUCUACACACCAACAGAGCAACUUGCUGAACUUGGUGCGGUACCUAGUUGACGACUGCCCGGUGGACUACCGGGAACAAUUUCUUCCCCAGCUCUUAGCAGCUUGCUUCAGACAGAUGGAUGCCAAAGUUAACGGCGAGUGGGAGAGAAUGGAAAAGCAGCAAACAUGCGUGGUAGACGGCGAGGCAGGACUUAAGGAAGAAAUGAAGGCCGAGAGCAUUCUCCGGCAGGUUACGUAUACAGCCGUCAUGAUGGUGGCGGAUUUCCUGGAUCCCACAAAAUCAAAUUCACACACUCUGAAGUCCCGAAGCCGAAAGGAAGGAUCCGAAGAUGAGCCAUCAACGCCUUAUCCGUCACUCCGGAAAUUUUGUCUCAUGCGACGGGAAAUUGUUGAGCCGCUGCUGGUAUUCUGCACUCACGGCAUCCGGAUGAGGGACACACGAUGCUGUGGAAUGGUUCUUCGCCUGUUCAUCUCUCUGGUUCCCGAGUUCCAGUUAGUUCAGGGCCAAGGACAAUACGGGUCGACCGGGAAUGUUCACGAUGGCAAGGCGAGCUCCCAUACGGACACCACGCCGGUGCCCGCCGAAAUCGCCUCGGUGAUCAGGGAAUAUAUCGCGCAAGACGUGCUGAAGGCUUGUUUGACAUCGUUCCACGAACCUUACUUUGUGGAGGUGCAGAAAGAGCUCGCCUCCCUAAUUGCAACUAUUGUGGUCUACUACAGCCCCAUUACAUCAACACCGAAGGACAUUCUUUUAUCUCUACCAAAUGUGAACCCGGCUGAGCUUGAUCGACUUGCACCGUACAUGGCCAAGCCGGGGUCUCAUCCUCGCCAACAACGCGCGAUUGUUCUGGAGCUUUUGAAGGACCUUAAGGGAGUGAGUGUAUCUGAAAUGGGGAAACUCGCCAAAACCGCUGGCUUUGGUGGUUCGUCACGCGCCAAAAGAAGCAACAGGAGCAAGAUGGCACAGGGAUUCAUGAAUACUUCAAAUGAAGCUGAUGGCGGUGUAACACGAGCAAAUGGCGUGAUGGGUGCUCGACGAACAACACCGGAUGCCCUGGAAGGCGUGUCCAACUUGUUUGAAGGCUAG